UCCCCGCGGGGAGCGAACCGCGCCGGCGGGGCUCGGGGCGAUGCCGGGGUCGGGGUCGGGGUGAGCCGUUAUCCUGAGGGGGGGAGGCUGCCUGGGAGCUACCCCAGCCCCUCCUCACCGCCCUCGCUUGAUGGGGCGGGGGCCGGCGUUUCCUUUCAGGGCCUGGGCGCCAUCUCUGCGGCGGGCCCGUAGAAGGCAGAAGUGGUCUGUGGAUCCACGAAAUAGCGCUUGGAGUAAAGAUGAAUCUAAAUUUGGCCAGAAGAUGCUGGAAAAGAUGGGCUGGUCCAAAGGAAAGGGUCUUGGGGCUCAGGAACAAGGAAAUACAGAACAUAUCAAGGUUCAGGUGAAAAACAACAUGCUGGGGUUAGGAGCAACCAUCAAUUACGAGGACAACUGGAUUGCUCAUCAGGAUGACUUCAACCAGCUUCUGGCUGAACUGAAUGAUUGCCAUGGACAGGGUGAAACAGAGUCCUCAGUGAAUAAUCAGAAGACGACGUUCAGUCUUGAAGAAAAAUCCAAAUCUUCCAAGAAACGUGUCCAUUAUAUGAAGUUUGCAAAAGGUAAGGAUCUCUCUUCGCGCAGUGAAGAUGAUCUGUCCUGCAUAUUUGGGAAGCGACAGAAGAGUGUGAAGACACAGGAGGACGUUACCGAUCCCAGGUCUCAGGAAGAGAAGCAGAAAAACCUCUGGCUAUCUGAGCCUGCAGAUGGUUACAAUACAGUGAAGAGUGUUCUCACAGUACAGGAAUAUUUUGCCAAGCGCAUGGCAAAACUGAAGGGAUCCCAGAAUGAAACAGGAACAAAGGUAGACAAUUCCUGCCCAACAGCCGAUGAAGCUUUGGAGCCUUCAGAAGAACUGAAAACCAAAGUCAAAAAGAAAAAGAAGAAGCAGAAGAGAGAUGAGGCAGAGAGUACAGAGCAUUGUGAGAAACUAAAAGUGAAACAACCUAGGAUAGGUAGCUUGAAUGGAAAGGAACUGGAUGCUCCGUUAAAUGAACGUCACUCAGGGAAAAAGAAAAGGAAACAUAAAGAGCAGCACGAAGGGGAAAGCAUUAGUUGUGAUGAAAAUAUGGGCAAUGGAGAAAUUUAUACGGGAAUAUCUGAUGGGGAAGAUCUCAGCAUAAAGGACUCUGAGGCAAAGCAAAAGAAACGCCAUAAGAAGAAACACAAAAGGCAAAAAGAGGAGACAGAUGAGUGUAUCGAAGGAGUGCAGAGAAAGAAAAAGAAGCGCUGCAAGCACGUUUGACCAUUUAAGUCAAGCUGGGACUCUGAGGUGGUUUGAACUUCAGCCUGUUAGAGGAGAGGUCUGUGUAAACACACCAGCCAGACAUCACGUAUUAAUCCAGACUUGAGCACACCGCUCUACCUCCGACUGAAACCACAGACUGUGUUUAAACAUAGCUCUUUAAAGGGAGAACAUGGUGACAGGCCAACAUGAGCUUCUGUGCCGUGCUAAAAACAUAUCCAUGUGUAGAGCCAAGGCUUGCAUGUCUGCAAAGCAAGACUUGAUAAAAAACAGCUAGGCUUUGCCUCUUCCAGUAUGGCAGACGGUUCGCCUUGGUGGCUUUGCAGGAGCUGUGUUUUAACACAGCAGACCCUGUGCUGCCUUCAGCCCAGGUUCACUCUGGUGCAACUCCAUUCAAGUCAGGUAACAGCAAGCAAAAUCAGGCCUGGUUUUAACCACUGUGGUUAAGACUGUGAAAGGCAGUGAAUUACUAUCUGCUGCUUCACACUGACUGUGUUUUUCUCAAUCCAGGCAAAAAAAAAAUCAAGUCACUCUAGUACUGCCUUUGUUAAAGCCACUGUUGUUUUCACUUGUGAUAGCCCAGCUCUGCUUCUGGAAACAGGAGGGGUUUUGCAAAGCUGUAUGUAUUCUUUAACUGAUUUUUGCAAAGUCGUGUCUAAUUUUUUCAUUGAUCUCUUUUAACAUAUAAAAUGAAUGUUGUUUCUUCCCAAAAUACUUAUUCUAAUUAAAGGUAUACGGCUGAGUGUCAGUACUAAAGAAUGAAAUAAAAAUACCUCCCUUUGUUUCCUAGCCAGUUGUUAACUAUUGUCAAGCAAUUGUAACUUUGCAACAAAGCUGAAGGAGCUGUGCCUUUAUUAACUGUAUCAAAAUCUUUGGUUCCCAGGCAACAUUCAGAGUACCUUCUGUGAUGCAUCUGGCAUUCAAAAAGUUGCCUUGGAUAGAGAAAGGUUUUUUUCUGAAAUUGGGAGACCAAAUAGAUUUUAAAAGCAUAGCUGGUCAGAUGCAUUAGUAUUGUCAUUUACACAUUGAAAACUUGCAAUUUAGAUUUAUAACCAAAUUAGAGCUUGUUUCUAAUUGUAAACUUGGAAAUAAGUAAUGCUGGAACUCGGCACUACCAUGAGCAGUUUUGUAUGAGAUCUUAAAGAUUCAGCAUGAAUUUUGACAUGUUAAUCUCACUCACCUAAGAGCUGUCAGAAGAGAUGGGUGAGCUUGGAAGUAAAGUGCUGGAAUGGGAAGAAGCAUUCACCGUCCUGCAGUCCGGUUCUGAUAUUGCUUUGGCCACAGCAAAUUGACAGCACAACCCUGAAAGCCAGGCAGUUAUCAUGGCAUAAUCCAGAGCAGCUGACCAGUAUUCAAAUCCAUUAGCUGUUCGUUUGACUUUGGGCCUGGCUGUGUUUCAUCAAUGUAAAUUCAAAACAUCCCAUCGGCCUGCUCUGCUGAAUAAAAUGGAUACAUUUUUUUUAUUGUCUUAGCUCACUUGAGUUGCUUAACAUGGUUUGAAAAACAUUGUCAAGAUGCAGAUGUUAAUAUGAAAAAAUUUCCUUAAGCUGCCUUUAUUGUCCAACGGAAGAAACUUAGUCUGCAGCACACAGUCCACAUGGCUUCACGUGUUUUAGUUGCAGCUGAACUCUUCCUUUCUAAGCUAGCUUGGUUUGCAAUGCACCUUUCUUGCCCUCAGGACAUACUCAUUCAUUGCAGCAAAAUUACGGUAGUUUUACUUAUUGUAAGGGAGAACAAGAUGCCUUUCUCUGUGUUUCACCUGGCAUGCCAGUAGUUUUUAACCCUUGUAGCAUUUGCUUUUUGCUGCUGUACAAAUAUUAGCCAUUAUGAUGCUGCUGUGACUGGGCUCGUUCCCUGGCUUCCUUAAACGAAAUACCACUUAAUACCAUGAGGUUGCUGUAGAGUUGUGUGAGUAAGCUCCAUGCUUGGGGUGAAAAAAAUAACCUAAAUGGAAUAAGACAGCAAAAUAAUUUUUCAUGUUACAUUGAAGCAUCCUACGUUUUGUGGGUCCCCUGCAAAGCAACCCUUCUAAUUUCUUGUUCACCAUCAGUUUGGAUUUUUGUUUGUUAGUAGAAGCCAAAAGCCUGACUGUUUCCCAUGAUUUUUUUUUUAACUCUUAAGCAGCUAAACUUUAGAGUCUCUCUGGGAUUUCAAUUUUAAAAGGUGCUAGUCAAGGAAUAGGGUUUCCUUCUCCCAAUACUGCUAGGCUUGUU